AUGGAGAGACCCAGAUGCAAGCUCUGCUUCAGAACCUUCGCCAAUGGCCGAGCACUGGGUGGCCACAUGAAGGCCCAUCUGGCCAGCCUCAAGAUUCACCGACCCCACGUCGUCGAGUCGAUCACCUCGUCUCCUGCCUCUUCCUCCGGGGAAGAGGAGCAAGAGUCGUCGCGUGGGGAUCAGGAGAUCGAAGAGAAGUCCCUGAUUUACGGACUGAGGGAGAACCCCAGGAGGAGCUUCAAGUGUGCAGAUCCCGAGUUCUCGUUCUCGGGCGGUUCCGGGUUCGUCGUCGUGCAGGACCGGGAGAGCGAGACCGAGUCGAGGAACCCAACUCGGAGGCGAUCCAAGAGGACCCCAAGAAAGCUGGGCAGCUGCAACGACAAUGCAGAGGAUGAGAAGCAGGGGAAGCCGAAGCCGAAGCCGAAGCCGAGCCAGCCGGGCUCGCCGGCUGAGCCGGAGCCAGUGAGCUCGGUGUCGGACACCUCGCCUGAAGAAGAUGUCGCCAUGUGCCUCAUGAUGCUCUCGCGGGACAGGUGGAGAAGAAAACGUCACCACGACGAAGAUGGAGAUGAUGAUCAUCAUGAAGAAGUUCAGGAGGGCCAAAAAGGUAAUCUGUUGGGGAACGAAGCUGAGAGGAAGCACCACCAGUGCGAGGUGUGCAAGAAAGUGUUCAGAUCUUCGCAGGCAUUGGGUGGGCACAGAGUGAUUCACAGGAAGGCUGCUGGGUCAAUGGGUUGUGAGAAGAAGAGGCAAGAAGAUGAGAGAGCGAGGCGUGAUGGUCCGAGCAAGGACAUGGCUAUGGCGCGCAAGAAAGAGAGGGUCUAUGAGUGCCCAUUUUGCGGGAGAGUGUUUGGGAAUGGACAGGCUCUCGGUGGGCACAAGAGAUCUCACUUGAUGGGAUUAGGAGGAUCAAGUGUCGGUGGUAAUGGUGAUGGUGCUCAGAGCUCCAAGUCUAAAGUCUCAGCCAAUUCGAUAGAUCUCAACCUGCCCGCUCCGGUGGAGGAGGACGACUUCAGUGUGGUGUCUGAUGAUGGAGAAUUCACCCAAACCAUCAAGAAUUGA